AUGCAUUUGUUUAAAGAAAACAAAGAUGGAUUCAAUUUAUCUUAUAGUUUUGAAACUGAUAUUCCAUUAUUAUGGUGGAUGAUAAACUAUACUGGUUUCAAAUCUAUUGAACAACUUGCAAUAAAAGUGUUUUCAAUUACACCACAUGCUUCUGAUAAAACACUAUCAUUAAAUGAAUUACAAGCACAAGUAGUAUUGGCAACUUUUCUAUUUGAAGAUGAUGAAAGAAUUAUAGAGGAUUUCAAAGUAGAAAAACUUGAAUUAAAUAAUUUAGAAAUAAUUGAAUAUGAUGAAUUUCAAAAUUAUGAUGUUAAAGAGUAUAAUGAAUUUAACUUUGAAGAGUUUGUUAGUAGCAAAGAAGGUCAAGAUAUAUUCGAUUUUGAUUCUAUAGAAUUAGCAACAGAUUUAGUAAAAGAAUAG